AAGGGUUAGGGUUUCAUUUUCCUUCCACGGAGUAGUGACCGAGAGGGCGACAUCAUUUCACUCUUUUCGGCGGCGCUGCGUCGGAUCUUUGGUGUACACGUUGUGACCGCGUUACCACUUUUGUGAUAUUUUGCAAAGCUGAAGUUAGAAUUUGGACAUGGAUGCUGCUGCUACUCAAGAUUUUCAUCCUCGUACGUUCUCAAUUAAACUAUGGCCACCAAGUGCAAGCACAAGAACGAUGCUUGUGGAAAAGAUGACCAAGAAUCUCUCCUCAGAAUCGAUUUUCUCCAGGAAGUAUGGCCUUCUGAGCAAAGAAGAGGCUUAUGAGAAUGCUAAACGGAUUGAGGAUGAGUGCUUUAUCGCUGCCAGUGAACAUUUUCAAAAGGAGCCUGAUGGUGAUGGAAGUUCUGCAGUCCAGUUCUAUGCCAGGGAGACCAGCAAGCUAAUGUUGGAAGUACUUAAAAGAGGCCCUGAACGCAAAGAGCAUGGAGAAGUGGUGGCAGUUGAUAGGCCUGUUAAACCUAUUGAAACUGUGUUUGAUAUUUCAGGUGGUAGAAGGGCAUUUAUUGAUGCUGAUGAAGCCAGAGAACUUCUUAGCCCACUAACUGAGCAAGGAAACUCAUACAAAAAGAUUUGUUUGAGCAACAUAAGCUUCGGAAUUGAUGCAGCCCAUGUUGCAGGACCUAUAUUGGCAUCUCUCAAGGGACAGCUGACGGAAGUAAAUCUAUCAGAUUUUAUUGCAGGAAGGCCAGAGGAUGAAGCUCUUGAAGUCAUGAAGAUAUUCUCAUCAGCCUUGGAAGGGUGUGUUCUCAGGUAUCUGAAUCUGUCUGACAAUGCAUUAGGUGAGAAGGGUGUUCGGGCAUUUGGGGCACUUCUGAAAUCACAAAAUAGCUUGGAGGAGCUUUCCUUGAUGAAUGAUGGAAUAUCUGAGGCAGCUGCCAAAGCUGUGUGCGAGCUAAUUCCAUCAACUGACAAGCUGAAGAUCCUGCAUUUCCAUAACAAUAUGACAGGAGAUGAGGGUGCUAUCGCUAUUUCUGAGGUCCUGAAACAUUCUCCUCUGCUGGAAGAUUUCAGAUGCUCAUCGACCAGGGUGGCUUCUGAGGGUGGAAUUGAAUUGGCCAAGGCACUGGAGACUUGUACUCAUUUGAAGAAGCUAGAUAUCCGUGAUAAUAUAUUUGGUGUUGAUGCUGGGAUAACCCUGAGCAAGACGCUUGAAAAACUUGUUCACAUCACAGAAAUCUACAUUAGCUAUCUGAAUUUGGAAGAUGAGGGGGCCAUUGCCAUUGCUAAUGCCCUGAAACAAUCUGUACCUUUUUUGGAAGUUAUGGACAUUGCUGGCAACGAGAUCACAACAAAAGCUGCUCCAGCAUUAGCAGAGUGUAUUGCUGUCAAGAAGUCACUCAGGACACUGAUCUUGUCUGAGAAUGAGCUGAAGGAUCAGGGUGCUGUUCUGAUCGGCAGAGCAUUGGAAGAGGGUCAUACACAGCUCAAGGAACUUGAUGUGAGUAUCAACAUGUUAAGGAGGGUCGGGGCUAGAUGUUUGGCGCAGGCAGUGUCAAAUAAGCCUGACUUCAAACUUCUGAACAUAAAUGGCAAUGCAAUUUCAGACGAAGGCAUUGAUGAGGUGAAGGAAAUACUUACGAAUGGUAGUAAUUCUGUGGAUGUACUUGGACCAUUGGAUGAGAAUGAUGUGGAAGAGGAAGGCGAAGAUGGAGAAGAGGAGGAAGGAGAAGGAGGUGCUGCCGCAGAAGGUGAAGGCGAAUUGGAGUCAAAGCUCCACCAUCUCAAAGUCGAGCAGGAUUAGAAGAUAGUAUUGACUCAUUAUCAAUUUAAGCACUAUGUCUAGUUUCCUUUGUCUUGGCUUGGCAGACGACAGUGACACAUUUUCUGGUUUGUUAACUGUCAAUUCUACCUCUUGACUGAGGCUUAGCUGCUGCCGCCGUGGAGCUCUGCGACCUUUUCUUUGCACUGAUAUAGACAAUGUUAGGGGGCUUGAUCUCUUUCAUGUCUUGUGUUAUCAAGAUGUCUUGUGUUAUCAAGAAGAAGCAUUUAGUAGCAAGGUCUUCAUCUGGGAUUAUUUUGACCCUUUGCUCUGCAUGCUUUUAUCUUAACCUUUAUGAAGAUGUUGGAAUCGUUGGAGCAUU